AUGACAGUUGCAAAAUCACGAUUGAAUUGGAAGAACAAACAGUUAAUCAGUUUGAAAAAGAAAAAAAUCAAGAACUUUGAGAAUAUUGUUGACAAGGAAGUGCCUGGAACUAGUAAAGGAAAACUUGAAAGGAGGAAGGUCAAACCUGGAUAUAUAGAAGAGAAACCUGAAAAAAAUAAAAGAUUAAUUCUGAAACAUGUUGACUUCAUUUCUGACGAAGAAGAAUUUACACUGACUUCUUCUUCAUGGGAAGAAUCAGACGAUACGGAGUCAGAUACAUCCAAUAAUGAUAGAAGAGAGAAAAAACAGAAGAAAAAUAAAAACAGUAAAAGACAAGGCAAGGAGUCAAAAAACGUAGCAGAAAAAUAA